AUGAGCUGGCUGCAUCCCCACAGUGGGCUUCGGUCCCGGAUGUCUAUGUGCCUGGGGCUGGCACUGGCACUCCUGUUACUAUCCCGGCGGAUCAUGAACGGCGAACCCUCGAGUGCCGCAGCAUCGCCGAAGCCGCUCGAAACGGAACUCGUCUUUGCUGCAAUGCAAAGCACGGAUAUGUCCUGGGUCGACGAGCAUCUAUCCGAUAGGCGAGUCAGUAUCUAUCGAGCCGAUGGGCCACCCGAAGCCAAUUUGACGGUACCGGUGAAUAAAGGCGAUGAAGCCAUGGUGUAUUUGACCUUCCUGGUCGACCGGUAUUGGACUCUUCCCGACGUCACUAUCUUCCUGCACGGAGGCCGCUAUCAAUGGCAUAAUGACAAUCCUUUAUAUGACUCCGUCAUUUCCAUUCGAGACCUCAACCUCGAUUUCGUCCUUGAAGCCGGCUACGUCAACCUGCGCUGCGCCUGGGCUGUCGGCUGCCCCGCUGAGCUUGAACCAGCCCGUUACUACCGCGAGCGACCUGACGACCCUCUACAUUCAACAGCCAUGGUAUACCCGGAUCAGUUCUUGGAGCUCUUCCCCGGCGUCCAGCUCCCCGAGGUCGUGGGCGUCCCGUGCUGCAGCCAGUUCGCAGUGUCGCGGGAGGCGAUCCAGUCGCGCAGUCGCGAGGAUUACGUGCGGAUCCGGCAGUGGCUGAUUGAUUCGACGUUGCAGAUGGGCACGAGUGGUCGUGUUCUGGAAUAUAUGUGGCAUAUCUUGUUUGGCAAAAGUCCUCGGUAUUGUCUCGAUCCCCAGACCUGCUAUUGCGAGACCUACGGUCACUGCGAUAUGAAUGAAGAACAGCUUAAAAGCCAGUGGGUCUGGCGCGGUCUGGUGCUGCCCAAGGGCUGGCCCGACGCUGUGAACGAGACAAAUUGA